GACAAUGAGUGUCAAAAAAACCUGCGUCAUGUCCCUGUUGCAGUUAAAAGAAGAUAAUAAUGGUAAAAUUUUGAGAAAUAAGUACGUGACUGCUGACAAUCUUGAUAUUGUUAUCAGGAAUCAGCGUAUAGAGUCAACUGAAUCGUUUACGUACCUUGGCUGUUUACGUGAGAAAGAUAAAUGGCGGGAAAUUAUCAAUAUUCAAGUAAAGACAAUUCCACCACAAACGAAGUUGAAGGACAUUGUGCAUAAAUAUAAAGAGCGAGCUGAGAACCGAAGAUUAGAAGAAACAACUGGAAUAAAGCAACGUAAAGUAACUGAGAUGUUAGUGAAAAAACGUUAUAUCCUUAUCGAUUUUCUGGUUUUGCGUCCACAUAAUAAAAUGAGUGAUUCGUAUCUUUGGUCACAUUUUGAUGUACUCAAAUGGCUAAAGUCAUUUAUUAAAAAUGAAACAGUUAUUGAAAGUUUCCAAGAUCAACUUGACGAUGAAAUUUUCCAUUUUCAAAAUAACAACAAUGAUGAUAAUGACGAUACAUCACAAAAUCAGCCAUCAACAGCAUCGGCCGUUUUCACCGCCUUCAUUGACAAUGACAACGAUGACAUUUUGUACGAUGAUAACCAAAAAUCAGAUGAAGUUGUUAGUCCAAAACAAAGAGAAACAACAACAAUCGAAUCAGUUCAAAAACACCACCAACCUCAACAAGCAAAAAAAGGACGGUACAAGCAAGCGUUGUCAACUGAUGAGUCUGAUGAUGGAUUAAAUGAGAAUAAUAUUGAGCAACAAACAACGACAGCAAGUUUAGCUCAACGAACAAAUACAAAAGAAACAAAUCGAGGAGGGUCGUGUGCGUGGAGAUGGAAGAAAAUAGACGGAAGGACAGAAAGAAGAUGA